CAAGCCCUGUACUUUUGUGUAUGUUUGGAAUCUAAAAGACAUCACAAGACCCAAGGCACUUAGAGUCGAGAGGAGCAAGUCAGGCAUAGAAGAUCAUGGAAGUUCCCAGUGGAAUGAACAUGAAUGAACUGGUCGAGGUCUUUGUGAUUGCUGCGGGGGGCUUCGCAUUCCUCUGGUGGCAGGGCAUUAUCCAACCCUUCCUGAAGGAGAUUGCGUGCUAUGUUUAUCUCGGACUGGUUCUCUUUCUCUUGGUGGGCGUCAUCCUUGCUGAAGUCUGGUCCCAAUUCUACGCGAUCUUCAGUGUGCAGAUGGAUCAACUGGACAAGAUCAUGAGCUUCCUUCGUAUUGACAACGCCAAGGAUUUCGCCAAAGACAUGUUGAGCGAAGCCAAAUCGAUGGUCACCAAGUGAGCGGUUAGCUCGGGGCCAUCAGCGGAAAACAGAUCGCGAGGAGU